UUUUCAGAACUUAAAAUUCAUUUUGACUUGAUGUACGGCAUUUUGUGAACAUCACAUUAUUCCUCACUGAUUAAAUGAGGUACAUUUAUAUUUAUUUAAGAAAUUUAUUUUGAAAAAAUGAGCUCUAAAGCUAUAGAUUUUUUUGACAUACACCAAUUUGCUGAUGAGUUCGUUAAUGAGCUGAUAUCCUUAGCCGUAGAAAAAUAUCAAAGAGAUGAGACCGGGUUUUUUAUCUAUCGAUGCCCAAAAUAUGCCUGCGUAGAAUCGGAAAACUCUUGCGACGCUUCAUCUGAAUCAAAGGAGGAUAAAGGCAAGACUCAUGUUAAAAAUUCCGCGAAAUCCAUAUCCUGGGUUACUAUAGGGAAUUUUACCUAUUCAAAAGCUGUGAUUAACAUUAAUGAAUAUGUCAGUACAUGGGUAUUGCCACCUGGCGCUAUAUUUGAAAUGAAGGAGAAUAAUCUAAUAAAAGAUGUCGAAGGCUUGGGAAGAACUUUUUAUGCGGAUGUGAUUGUCUCAAAACAAGCAUAUCCGUCGGCUACAGCCACUGUGGCAUUUCAAAUACAUUUAUCGGCAAUAUUACCGACAAGUUACCCUGUCAUGGUAACAUACACUUUCGAAGAUUUUCGCACAGUGUUUUAUGCAAUUGGGGAUAAAUGCUUUUAUUGUAACUUUCAAAGACACUUUAUCAGUCAUGCUUUAGAGUUGAAACAGAAGAUUUUUCAAGAACCAUUCAAAUGGAGUAAUGAAUUCAAAGAAAAUGAAAAGGAUGAUAAAGAAAAAAACAAGGACAAUACUAUAGUAACAAAGGAAGUCAGCAAAAAGGUGAAGAAAAUACGUGAUUGCUAAGAGGCCGGUAUUUUUAAUGCAACCAAAAAAAAAUUGCAGUGAUGACAUGAAUACAAGGUGCCACAGAUUUCUAGCAAAUUAAAAUUUUUAGUGAAAAAAAAUAUUUUUUAUAGUGUAUAUACAACGAAUUAUUUUUUUUAAGGAUGAGUUUAUUUAAGCCAGCUAAAUGGAGAUCAAAUAAUAAUCUGAAC